AUGGCGGGGGCGGGGCCGCCGGCGUGCGCCACGGCGGGGCUGCCGGCGCGCGGCACUGAGGGGCUGGAGCUCAGAGAGGGGCGCAGCGCGGCCCCCUCCCUGCUCCCUCCGGCGCCGCCGGCGAGUGCAGCCCCUUCCUCCCGGGCCGCGCUGCGCCAGGUCGAGGCCUGCUCGAGCUCCGCCCCUCCUUCUCCCCCCUCCCUGGUCGCGGCCUUGGGCUCGGCCCUUCGCCCCUCCCUCCUCCCACCCCCUCCCAAGGCGGCGAGCGGCGGCGGCGGGGCGCCCGGCCAUGGCGGGGCGCCUGGCCAUGGCCGCGGCUGA